AUGAGCACCAAUGGGUCUUCAAUUCGAACAGUUCCACAAGACUUGGUUGAUCAGUGGGGGUCUCAGCAAUAUCAAUUCAAGAAGCUUGCAUAUGUUCUGAGCGGAGUAGACAUAGAGUCUUUCAAUUUGGCAGUGGUCAAUCUAAUGAGUAUUCAAAAGUCUUCCUCCGAUGGUGCCGUGUCAAACUAUGUUAUAGUGGUCGAUGAGUCCUUACGUCAAAAGGAUGCCAGACAAUAUAUCCAGCUUAGGAAACUAGCCAGUGAUCAUGGUAUUCGUAUUAAGAGUAUUAUGGGAACCUCCAAGGCAGAAGUUGAGUUCCAUGUGUUUGGCUUAACUGAAUACGAUCGGGUGGUUUAUCUCGACCCGCGUUCACUAAUACUACCCAAACAAAAAAAGAUCAAUGCCAACACUGAAACCUUGAGUAGCUAUACCAUUGACAACUCAAACGUAGAUGAAUUAUUUGGUAUACCACCUGCUGUGAACUUUAGUGCUUCUGUUGCCUAUAGAAAUGUGCAAUUAGAUCAUGUGAAAACUGAGCAUUAUUUUAUACAAUCUGUGGAACAACUACCUCCGUUAGUGUGGCAUCGUGAGAAACAGCACUAUAAUAACCCGGAAUCACUUUUCAAUACUGAAUUGAUGGUGAUAACUCCAAGCAAACUAUUCUUUAAUGCCUUAAAGAAACAAUACACCCGUAUGGUUCACAAGCCAUGGUAUACAUUGGGAGAUCACAGUAUAGAGGUAACUUCGAGCGAAGUCAUUAAUGCUGUUGUGCUUAAAAUGCCGUUAAAUGUUAUAGCAUUGCCUCACAAAACAUACGGGUUACUUUCCAAUGAGUUCAGGUCUACAAUACAUACAUGCUACAGUGAAGAUGGUGGUGAUGAUUGGGACGCAAUUGAAGCAAUUGAAACUGCUAGAGUGGUCCAUUAUGCAGAUGACCCAAUCCCACCUCCAUGGCAGCAACCAGUAUUAAUUGAUUCCCAUGAGCCAUACAAUUCCUUGCUUUUGUACUGCUUUGAUGCCUCCUUUGACAUUGACAGGUUCACCAUACAGUACCCAACACCAAACUCUAGACCAAUGCUCACUAGAGACUGUGACAGUGUGCGUAUAUGGAACUGGUUAAGAACACAAUGGACCAAAAUGGCAACCCUAUAA